AUGGUUUACUUCUACGAAUCAAAACCAACAGAAUAUUCUCUUCCAUAUACCCUUGUAACAGGGAAGGAUAAGUUUGAGAACGAUUUGCUCAUUAAAUAUGGAUAUCGAGAAUUGAACUACAUUUGGUUCCAUGCAGACAAAUACUCUAGCGGUCACAUCUAUUUGCAACUACAUGAAAACGAGAAAGAACUUCAGGACGUUCCUCCGGAGGUGGUCCAGGAUUGUAUACAGCUCUGUAAGUCUGAAUCUAUACAGGGGAAUAAAUUGAAUCAAUGUACUAUCAUAUUCACUGGGUGGCAUAACUUGAGAAAGAAUAAAUACAUGAAUCCCGGAGAAGUCAGCUUUAAAUCCAUGAAGGCUGUGAGAAGAAUCGAGUGCUUUGCUAGGGAUAAUAAAAUAUUGAAUAGAUUAAGCAAGACAAGAGUUGAGAUCUUCGAAAACGUGGAAGAGUUGUUACAUCAAGGCAAGAAAUCAAGGGAUCCUAACUUCUUUACUAAUUAUAUUGCCAAUAAUCGGGAGCUGUUGAUAGAACAGGAAAAGGAAAGGAGACAAGCCAAGAAAAAUAAGAAGAAAAUCAAGUCUCAAAAUUCCGACUCUGAUUUUGAAUAUACCGAUGAUUGA